CAUGAACUCAUUCCACCUCUCGCCAUUCUUUGUACCUGUGACUUUUUCCCAAGCAUCGCGUCUCGUCUUUCUCUUUAUGUUGCAUACAACAUCCGCCAUCACUUUGCGCACACCCUUUUACUUCGUAUUAUCGAAUACCAUUCAUUGACAACCAAAGAUAAGAGGCAUUAUUCUAGAUUCCUCGCAUCCCUCGACUUCCUACACCUCACUUAAAAUACCGAACCCGGUGCGAACCAGACGAAGUCACUAGUAAAACCAAACCGCAUCGGAACAAUCUCAACAUACUUUCGCCCGAUCAGCUUCUCACUUAUAUUUCACAUGCCUCGGAGCAUUUUCGCACCUCCGUCUCUAUCUUUUCCAUCGGCCGAUAUCCUAAACGCCUUGGUGAGCCCAACUCAAGUCUCGCGCCGCGCCGGCGGAAGGGGGUUCGAGGCAUAUGAUGCCUGGUGUCGUCAUGAUGGAGAACGGCGUUCGACCACAAUUACCCACAAAUCACGACAGAGAUCACGGCCAGUUCGUCAACGGCAAUGGUAGCCUUGCACCUCACUCGAAUGGUGGUCUCGCUGGAGCUGGAACUGGAGGCAGUAACGGAGUGAAUAGUAUGGCGAAUGGAGGCGAGGGCGCCGAGGGCGCGAUCUUAGCGCAAUCACAGAGUGCAUCGCGUAUGAAUGACCUCCCCGAGGAGAUCAGACACAUUACGGAGGGAUUCGUUCCUUUGGGAACCCUUCUGGCGCGCCUCGCGCAGAAGACACAUAACCAAUUAGUAGACGAGAUUGUUGCCCUGGCUAAGAUGCCGGUGUCAACGCCUGCUAUGAAUGGCAAUUCGGGACACGUUAGCGGAGCUGUGGAUGAUAACUCACCCGAAAAUAUAAACAAGAAGGCUCGGUUACUAAAUUUCGCCCAGGAGAGACAUACCGAAUGGGUCAAGGCAACGGUGAUUGCGAGAUGGAGUAGGAACGCUAAUAACGUCAGCAAACUUAUCGACUUGUCGAAUCUCCUACACGACCAGCGGAUGAUAUAUAAGAACACCAUAGAUGUUCUCGCAAAUACGAAGAUCUCUCUAGCGCACGCACGACUCCCAAAUCCCGAUCUUCGCACCGCUCUUCAUGUACUUUCAACUGGCACUGCCCCCUGGAUGCCAGAUCUCAACUAUCUCGAUAUGCCCCCCCUAUCUGCUAAAGACAAGUUACAAUGGAUCGAAAACCUGAACACAUUACUCUCGAUCCGUCUCAACUUGGAAGAUUACGAGAAUAUUCCGUACCAAUUUCAGAAUUACACUAUUGGUUCUGGUCGCGUCACCUUCAAGGUUCCCGGCGAGUUUGAGGUCGACCUUACGAUAGCAGAUGAGGAUUUCGAUAAGCAGUUCUGGUUCAUUGACUUUCGAUUCGAUUUUACCCCUGCGCCGUCCGAAUUGUCGGACACCUUGAGAAUGCACUUGGAGAGCAAAAUCAACGAAAUAUUAGAGAAGGAUGGCCUCCCUGGUUGCUAUAAGUUCCUCCACGAAUUGGUAUUAACCCAGAAGAUCACCGAGUACGUGCGACAGGCAUUCGAACUGAGCAAGAGUCGCUGGGUGGAUAUGCUCAAGGUAGAACGACUUAAUCGAGCCAUGUCUAUUCAAUAUUGGGUCGGCCGUUACCAACCAGAUGGUCCAAAGAGCUGGAUUAUCUUAGGUGUACAUAGCGGCAAGAAAGGAAACGGCUCCUCGGUUCUAGAAUCAAGCCAUCUUACCUUACGUUGGUUUAGAGACAAUCGGGAAGUAAAAGAAUUCGAUAUCCCAUUUGACGACGCCAAUAUUUCCUCGGAGGAACUCUUACAUCGUGUCAUUAGCAAGCACGUCGAAUAUAUCCUCUCGUCGAUUCACUCUAAGCUAAAGUCAAACGGGCGAUUCACCAAGAGGGAAGCCGGCCUCCUUCUAGAAAUUCCGACCGACCACUCGACGCAGCCGACGCUUAAGAUGCAAUUAAGUCAUAGCCAUUACGUGGCUGUCGGUAUCAACCCUGUAUCGGGAAUGUUCUCCAUGAAACCACAGUCUAACAUGACAUGGAAAGGAGAGCACAGGCUAAACUACGUCUCGAAAGAUCCUAUCCAGGACGGCGCCAAUUGUCUGGAAGGUCUGCGAUGUCAUCACGUGGUGGACGAAAUCAUCCGGCGUGGAAAAUGCAUGGGCUGGAGUGUUUGCAAAGCACCUUUGAAAGCAGAACUAGUGAAAGAGGUCUUGACUGGACGUGAAACGGGCCAGCUUAUGUGGCUAAGGCGACGUGGUUGGCCGGACCAGUGGCAUUUGAUGGUCAACCUGAGUUUGAGCGGCGACAAAUGGUAUUUGAUGGAAGUCAAUACUCACCCGAAUGGGGAGGGCCAAAUUGCAUCAUACACCAAACUAUCGCUCAGCUCAUCUGCGCCAAAUCUCGAAGAUAAAUUCUUCUCUAACUUGACUAUAUUUACCGCCGCCUUGAUCUCGCACCGCACGGAUCUGAUUGCUCUACACAAACGACGGAUAAAGCAGAUGUCGCAUGUUGGGGUUAAUUAUUCUCUCCCCGCGAAUAUGAAGGUACCUUCUAUCUUCAUUAGACUUUCCGACAUCUUGAGACAGCCACAAUCAGAUGAGCCAAAUAAGCGAAUCGCACGCUGGGCACAUGAUUUUGUAGAAAUCACCUUCAAGGGGGUACGCAAUUUAUCUACACGUCCGCGUAUAUUGAGUGGCGAGAAACCCGACACCAACGAGACUAGUGGAGGCACAGAACAACAAAAGGAGUUGUUGCAAACAUUUUUUGACGCUCGGAUUAAGGUGUCCGACCCAGAUAGGUUCGGGCUCCUCAAGGGUCAUGUUGAACGUGAUGUGGCGUUUAGUAAAGCUAUUGGAGUUUUCGUCCUUCGCUUAGAAGCCAACGUCGGGAGCACCAUGUUAGAUAUGCUUGCAAAUCGCCUGGAAGCUAUCGACAAACUAGCGGACUGCAUAGACGCAAUACGCCGGAGCGACAGGGAUAUCAAAUGCGAAGAAAUCACACUCAACAAAGUUGUGGUUACAUAUACUGAUCAGCCAAAGUUGGAUGGCGAUGCAACAAUCCAACCCCAUGGCGAUCGUUGGAAGGCAACGCUAGAACUAGGCCGAGAGAAGAUCGAACUGAAGCUCGGAAAAGGCAAUCCACAGCUACGCGCCCUCGAUCAAUUUCAACGUCUCGUCAACUCAAGUCUUCGCUGUGGCAAACUGCCAUUUUACUUAUCGAGCACACUACCCAUCCACCGUGCUCUAGAAUCGGUCGAGGAUGCUUGGGAGAGUCUUGAAAUGAAUAAUCGAGGCCGAGUUGAGAUAUUUGCGCCGUAUUUAGACUGGUUCGACAUCCGAUACCAUCUCCCCGGCCCAAACAGAAGCCCUCAUACCACACGGCGUCUGACGCUGCAAGUUCGACUUCAAAACCGCCGCGAGGGCGUCGAGUGGGAAAUAACUCGUGUCGAACCCGGCAAAAUAGCAAAACCGGACGACGAGUUCAAGCAAGUGCUUGAAAAGGUUUACAAUGCCGAUGGCAAGGUGUGGAGAUCCCUAGGCGACUCGGCUGCCAGUAAGACGGAUCAUCGUGUAGGUGACUUAGUUAAGGCCAUCGACGAAGCGGUAAGACGGCUCGCUAUGCAGUCACCAACGGUGGUGAAGCAGAAUCAACCUAAGCCGCAAAUGCAACCUAGAAGCCAAGCUCAGGCCGUGUAUCAUAAGACGAUGGCGGCCAGCAGGGCUCGACCACAGGCGGGGCAAGUGGUGGUUCUGGAUGAUUAGGAAUAAGUUGUGGCGCAGGGAAGCGGCAGGUAUGCGACAAAAAAAAGGCUCAAGAGAGAAUGCGAUGUUGUAAGUCGGGGACGUCGGUCAUACUUGAGAUACCCUUAGGAAACAGGAUAAGCUGGGCGAACGGGGGAAAGAAAAUAACCUCACAUUGCUUAACGCAAUGAAGGCUGCCAUGAACUUAUUAGUAAUGAUACUUCGUCAAGGCUGUUUGUUUUAUUUACGCCCAGUUGCUGUGCAGUACUGGGCGAGUGCUGUCAUUGUGGAUACGAUGAAAGGCUUCCCGAGUCGCCUGGCUAUCGACUAUGGGACAGAGAUAGCUAAUACAUAAA